GAAAGCUUGGGAGCUCACGAUCGAUGGAGGUGGGAGCGAAGGUGCCCAAGAAGGCCGGCGCCUGUGGCCGCCGCGGCGGCAGGCCAAAGAAGAAGCCGGUGUCCCGCUCCUUCAAGGCCGGGCUCCAGUUCCCCGUCAGCCGUAUUGGCCGUUACCUCAAGCAAGGGCGCUACUCCAAGCGCAUCGGCACUGGCGCGCCCGUCUACCUCGCCACAUGCACGCUCGUGCCCCCAUCGCUGUGUACCCCGGUGCUCGAGCUCGCAGGAAAGUGGCGCAACAACAAGAAGAACCGGAUCAUCCCACGACAUGUGCUGUUGGCAAUCUGCAACGACGAGGAGCUCGGUAUCACGAUAUGA